ACUGGAAACAGGAAAGAUUAAAGGACUGUCUUGUGAUUUGUGAAGUUUUGCUCUUUAUCUGAAUUUUAAGUGUCCUCCACUUAAAUUAAUGCAUGUUCCUGUUACAAGCUGUCUUUUAUCUAAUAUGGACACAAUUGUUGCAUCUCAAAUGAGCAUUUGCAUUUCAGGGAAGGGAAUCAGCCUUUUUAUUCUUCCCUUCUGUAUGCUAAAGGAUGCUUUUUUCACAGCACCUCCUUCUUAAUCUCUUUUCCUGCAUUAGAUGCAUAGUGGGAGAGUUGGUGACAUGGAGGAGGAGAGGAAGUAACAGAAUUGAUGUGUCCAUGUGAAAAGUACUUGAGUUGUACAAGAAGUUGUAAGAAAUGGCGGCACAGUGUGUGACAAAGGUGGAGCUGACUAUUGCCUGCACCAAUCUCUUGGAUAAAGAUGUUGGUUCCAAGUCAGAUCCUCUGUGUGUGCUUCUCCAGAACACAAGUGGUCAGCAGUGGUAUGAGGUUGAUCGUACAGAAAGAGUUAAGAAUUCCUUGAACCCAAAGUUUUCCAAGAAAUUCUUAAUUGAUUAUUAUUUUGAGCUUGUUCAGAAACUUAAGUUUGGAAUAUAUGACAUUGAUAACAAAACCUAUGAUCUGAGUGAUGAUGACUUCUUAGGAGAAUUAGAAUGUACGCUGGGACAGAUAGUUUCUAGCAGGACUCUGACAAAACCGUUAGUACUUAAAAAUGGCAAACCUGCUGGAAGCGGAAGCAUUACGAUUACAGCAGAAGAAGUAAAGGAUAACAGGGUGGUUGUAUUGGAAUUAGAAGCAAGGAAACUGGACAAUAAGGAUUUUUUUGGAAAGUCAGAUCCUUAUCUGGAAUUCCACAAACAGACUGGAGAUGGAAACUGGGUGAUGGUUCACAGAACAGAGGUUAUUAAAAACAACCUGAAUCCUGUUUGGAGGCCCUUUAAAAUCUCUCUCAAUUCUCUGUGUUACAGUGACAUGGAUAAGUCAAUCAAGGUUGAGUGCUAUGACUAUGAUAGUGAUGGGUCUCACGAUCUCAUAGGAAGUUUUCAAACAACAUUGUCAAAACUGAAGGAAGCAUCUCGGUCAUCACCUGUUGAAUUUGAGUGCAUCAAUGAAAAGAAAAGACAGAAGAAAAAGAACUAUAAAAACUCUGGCAUUGUGAGCGUUAAACAUUGUGAGAUUAUUGUAGAGUGCACAUUCCUUGAUUACAUCAUGGGUGGGUGUCAGCUGAAUUUCACCGUGGGGAUAGAUUUUACAGGCUCCAAUGGAGACCCUCGCUCUCCGGACUCUCUGCAUUACCUCAGCCCUAAUGGAGUUAACGAAUACCUAACAGCCAUUUGGUCUGUCGGGAUGGUCAUUCAGGAUUAUGACACAGAUAAGAUGUUUCCAGCCUUUGGAUUUGGUGCACAAGUUCCUCCCUCCUUUCAGGUAUCUCAUGAGUUUCCAAUAAAUUUUAAUCCUUCAAACCCAUUCUGUAAUGGGAUCCAAGGCAUUGUUGAUGCAUAUCGAGCCUGUCUUCCUCAAGUGAAGUUAUAUGGACCAACAAAUUUUUCUCCAAUUAUAAAUCAUGUGGCAAGAUUUGCUGCUGCAGCUACUCAGCAGCAAACAGCAUCUCAAUACUUUAUACUUCUGAUCAUAACGGAUGGUGUGAUAACAGACCUUGAUCAAACUCGAACUGCCAUAGUUAAUGCCUCAAAGUUGCCCAUGUCCAUUAUCAUUGUUGGUGUGGGAGGAGCAGACUUCGAUGCCAUGGAGUUUCUCGAUGGUGACGAUGGAGUUCUUAGGUCCUCGUCGGGAGAACCAGCUGUCAGAGACAUUGUCCAAUUUGUGCCAUUCAGGAAGUUCCAAAAUUCUCCCAAAGAAGCUCUGGCUCAGUGUGUCCUGGCAGAAGUCCCUCAGCAAGUGGUGAACUACUUCAGCACCUACAAACUUCAGCCUCCUAAGAAUCCUGCUGCAAAAUGAAUGGGCUGAGCAGAGGAAAGACUUUGUGCUUGCUUUACUUGCUGUAUCUACAGACUUUGGUUCUCGAUAUACUUCUGUAUAUGUGUACUCAUGCCUCUGUAUCAUGUCAGAUGUUAGCUUUUGCCUACAAAUCACUUUGCCAAGUGUGCCUUUUAAGGGCCAAAAUUGUAAUGGUAUUUAAGUUUCAUGUUGAUUUGAGAGAGAGUGUUACAUGGAUGCAUUUGAUUUUGAAAAGAGUGGAAAAAAGAGUUUCUAUUAAGCCACCAUAAUAAAAUUUUGAUACAGGUGUUUCGUAUUCAGACAUGUGCCACAGAGUGUAAAGGCCCUCCUUGCACAGCUGCUUCUUGUUUGCCACUUCAGUGCCUUUGGGCAAUGCCUGGGAUUCAGGGCUGUGUGAACAUAAGCCAAAGAAGUCAUUAAAGUAUAUAUUCUUUUAUACUAUGCCUUCUCCUAAGGUAGUAUGGGAAUAACUAGGGUGAAUCAAGGUAAACCUCUAACAUCUCAGAAUAGGAGUAGGCCUAUGAGGCUACUACUGUAAAGGCAGUAAGAUGUGUUCCAAUGUGCAGUUUACUGGAAAAUGGAAAUUCCAUAUUUAUUUCGGUAGGGGUUUUGUUUUGGGGUUCCAUUCCGCACCCCCCCCCCCAAAACAGCCAUGACUGUUGAUCUUUAAAGGGCUUUUUGUGAAGUAGGAAUUUGGUUUUUAGUUUAAAUGUUUUCUCUGAUUUAGAACUGCAUAUUUUGAGGUAAAGUAAGUUCUUCAAAUUGCUACUUGUAUAUACUUUUGUCAUAUUUUGAAUCAUGCUGCUUUUCCAUGAGCCCACUAAUGAAAAGUGCCUGCAAAAAAAAAUGUAGUCCCUUUUUUUCUUCUUUUUAGGAAGACACAAGAAAGUCAAGUCUCUGAAGCCCUAAUCCUAUAAUCAUACUGCAUUUCUCUAGGGCAAACAAUUUCUGAUUUAUUUACUUGGCUUGAGUUUUCCCUUUGCCUUUUAUAACAAGUGUAAAGCAUGUGUUUGCUUAGUGGAUAAAUGAAGGUUUCUUGACCUCCAGCUGCAUACUGCUUGCUGAGGAUCUCUUCCGAGCCUGUAACUGUGUGUAACAUAAGUGGAUGGAAAGGUCACAUUUAUCACUUCUGAAAUGCCAAUCUUGAACAUUAAUUUUGCAGUUUCACCUUUGAAGUGGUUUAGAGUUAGACAUCCAGCUUAUCUCUUGUGGAUGGUCUGGCUGUAGUAUGUAAGAACAGAAUGGGCUGCUGCUAAAUUUAGCACACUUGGACACUCAAGAUAUCACCAGGUCAUAGUGUAUUUUACUUUUAGCUGCUGGAGUUGCUUAGUGUGCUGCUUUUUUUGGUUUGGUUUGUUUUUUUGGGGGAUUUGUUUUGGUGUUGGUUUUUUUGUUUUGUUUUACAUGUAUAAUUCUGUUGAAAGUCUGGAUUCACAUUAACAUUGAUGGAUGAAGGAUAUAUCUAUUGAGAUUAUCUUACACAAGACAUACCAAAUGCUUUGUAGACAGUUGACAUUUAUCAAUCAAUCAUGAAUGGAUAUAUUAUCUCCACUCCAUUUUUCUUUGUGGAAGGGGAUCCUAAAUACUAUCAAGUAGUGGAAUGCUAAGGAAGAGAGUUUGUUUCAUGUUAAGCCAAGCUCCUUCUGUUUAAAAAUGUAAAUCAUAUAUUUAUGUACAAAAAAAAAUAUGUAAUCAUCUUUUUAUCAGUGUAGUGAAAAUCUGUUACUACUUUAUGUAUAAAUUACAAUGAAGUGUCGUAUCAGAUAUGCAACUCAAAAUAUUGAGAUCAAGGAAGUUACAGUAAUAAACCUAAAUCACACUGCUGCAAAUUGAGAAUGAAUGAUUUUGGAAGAGUAAACUGUUUCACAGCUAUCUGCUUCAUGUACAGAGAGAACUGGAUGCACUGUUAAUACUUUGUCUGCAUUAAUUGUAGUGGAUGAUAGGAGUACUACUGAUAGAAGUACAGGAUACUACUGAAGUUCCUCUGAGCUGUCUGCCAAAGAUAAAAUGCUGCACCUGGUUUAUGUGUUACCAAUUCUGUUUUAAGUUGCCAUGGAAGUGCAUUUAAAUGUGUUAGUAUGUAUUAUUAUACUAAGUAUCUGCUGCAUGUAAAUGAAAACCUGUUGUUUUGUCUGUAUUCUAUACAGAAAUUCUGAGUUUCUACAGUAGAGAUUUCAUUAUCUGUUAUAAGAGAAUUGCUCCCAUGUUCCUCAAGCUUAGGGAGUUAAAUAGCAUAUCAACAACACCUAAUUCUCAGUGUGCCCUAUUCUUUGUAAAUUAAAUGUUUUAGACAGGACCAUGGCAAGAACUGGUAUAACUUAGACAUGUGCAGCUAAUGCCUGUUGAAAAUUUCCAGGGUAGGCUGAGGUGAUAUUCUGGAUGAAGAAAUGCAGUGGAUUGUGAGUCAAGGGGAAGGGGAGUUACUGUGCUGUUUUGCCAUUUUUUGUUUAAUUUUCCAUGUAAAAAAAUGCACUAAUAGCUUGCGGGUGACAAAACAAAAUAUUGUCCAAGUUUUGUAAAGUGAAUGUGCUCGUGGGUCACUGGCACCACCUUGUGAUAAAAGUGAUGUAUGGCAGUCUUUGUCAUCAGAUGCUUUUUGCCAUGUAUUGGUCAUAAUAUAUACAUAUGUACAGCAGAGAGCUCACCUGUAACCAGAAUUUUUUACUUUUAUAUGUAUUUCAGUUCUGAUGAAGUUAACUGAUUUACAAUACCUAUGCAUUAAAAUUAUC